CACGUAAUUAAUGUCAUUAAGCUUCAGUAUCAUCAAAGCUAUAUGAUAUCAUAUAUUUUGCAAAAAAUCUUGCGAAACGAGUAAUAGAUGAAGAAAGGUUAGAUUUACCUAUGUUCGUUUGACAGCAUAUGAAGGACGUAUCUAUAAUCUUGAAUCGUGGAAGAUGCGAUGCGUAUAAAAUUCUGCAAGAGAAUCUUCAGAAAAAUAAUGGGUCAAACACUCAGUGAGCCUGUGACAGCUAAGAAAUUAGCAUGCUGUAGAAACUCAAACUAUCGAGUUGGGAGUUCUUGCAUGCAAGGAUGGCGUAUAAAGAUGGAAGAUUGUCAUGUUCAUAUACUUUCAUUGCCUGAUGAUCCUGGUACUGCAUUUUUUGCAGUAUAUGAUGGUCAUGGAGGUGCAGCAAUGGCACAAUAUGCUGGAAAACAUCUUCAUGAAUACAUAACUGGAAGAAGUGAAUACAAAGCUGGUAACAUUGUUCAAGCUAUACAACAGGGCUUUUUGGAAUUAGAUAAAGCAAUGCAAAAUGAUGCAGUACUUAAAGAUGAACAAGCAGGAACUACUGUUAUAGCGCUUCUUAUAAAGGACAAUGUUAUAUAUAGUGCAAAUGCAGGUGAUAGUAGGGCAGUGGCAAGUAUUAAUGGUAAUGCUGUUCCGCUUAGUCGCGAUCAUAAACCUACAUUAAAAGACGAACGAGAAAGGAUCGAAGCUGCCGGUGGCUGGGUUGAAUUUAACAGAGUCAAUGGUCAAUUAGCACUAUCCCGUGCUUUGGGCGAUUUUAUGUUCAAACGCAAUGAACGUAAACCACCACAAGAACAAAUCGUAACUGCUUUUCCUGAAGUUCAAGAAUUUCAUAUAACAGAGGAUUGGGAAUUUGUUGUAUUGGCUUGUGAUGGUAUUUGGGAUGUAAUGACAAGUAAUGAAGUAGUCAAUUUUAUAAGAACACGUUUAGUCCAGUCGAAAUUUGGAGCAGGAGAAGAACGAGAUACAAUGGAUCCUGAAGAAAUUUGUGAAGAGCUUAUGAAACAUUGCCUUGCGCCAGAUGCCUUAAUGGGCACUGGUUGCGAUAAUAUGACAGUUGUUCUUGUAUGCCUUCUUCAUGGAAAACCAUAUUCUCAUUUAAUUUCACGCUGCAAGGAGUCCAUUAGUGCAAAUUAGUUGUAUAAUAUUGAUAUAAUUUAUUAUUUUGUUAAUUAUUUAAAAUUCUUUGUAUUUAAUUUUAUAUCACAACGUCUCAUUGUCAUGCUUUAGCAUGUUAAAAUUUAUAAAAUUUGCUAAGCUUUUUUAUGAACUUCCAUUGUUUCAAGUUUUAUGAACACAGAUCUCUUAAGAAAAAAAAACUGAUUUUACAUCAA